AUGACUGCCUCACUUGUUGGCCCCCAUGUGCCCCUACUGUCGAUGGUUAAACGACGAAAGCUGGCUUGGUUUGGAAAUGUGACCAGGCACGAAUCACAGUACAUGACUGUUCUACAGGGCACGCUAGAGGGAGGUCGCAUUCAGAAUAAAAGCUGGAUGGACAAUGUGAAAGAGUUGACAUCACUCCCCAUGAUGGAAUUGCUCUCAGCAGCCCACAACAAACAUUUAAAAUUUUUGUUUGUAUGCCUAGACACUACCCUUUACCUUUACUGUAAAUUUCAGCGGGUGUUACUUGAUGCCUUAUGUGACAGGGACGCGUUGAUUUGCCAGACACUCCUAGAGAACAUCAAAGAUACGCAGGGGUUCAAAAACAAUUUCCUCAAAUUGAACGUGUACUAUGAGGACUUGAAUUUUCAGAACAUCACCGAGUCACCCCAAAUAACAAUACAUCAGUUUCUGUCAGAUGUCGGAGGCACGAUUGGACUCUGGAUCGGCCUCUCGAUAUUGAGUCUGUGCGAGCUGGUGCAGCUCUUCGCGGAACUCUGUAAUUAUGGCAUCCACAAAACCAUCAAAGAACGCCGUCAUGAAACCGAAAGGCAUUCUCGACGAAGCGACCGAUCCCAUAUCGAAAGUAACGGUAAACAGGUUGGAGAACACACAGCAGAGACGAAAAUGGCUACGAAUCAAACUCGCGCGAACUAGGAAUGUCUCCACACUUUGACGGACGUUACUGGUCACGUGAUUUUGGGUCACAUGGCUAUCAUCACGGGCGUUUUCCAAAUGAUUGAGAGCUUAAAAGUCGCAAUGAUGGCAGACGAAACUUGAGAUGAAUCGGUUUACAACGCAAGAUAACAUUUAAUAGAAAAGUUUAAAUGAACAUAACAUUUUGGUGAUUAUUUAAAGCUUGACAUUUUAAGUUUUUAACUUUAGUGCGACAUUUUGGCGUAAAAACAAGGAUUGUUUCUUCUUAUGCCCAAAUAAAUUAUUCAUUAUGGGCAUAGUAGGCUUUAAAUUUCAGAGCAAUAAUUCAUAUAAAUAUUACAAUAUCAGGUGAAAAUUUUAAAAUAACGAUUUUCACAGGGUUCUUUUCAUUCAGGAACUUUACACAAUAGCACUCUUUCGUAGACGUUAGACAAUGGACACAGAACCCAUUAUUCAACUUUCGUGAGUUGCGGAUGCCAUUAUCUGGACGUAUUGUCGUGUGAUACAUCUUCCAUAUUUUCAAUCAGUAUACUGUGUCCAAAUGGUAAUACAAAUGUAAUAAUAUGUAUAGUAGAGAUGAACAAGUAGAUGAACAUUGAUAUUUUGUGUUUUGCUAGUGUUUUUGGUUUCAAAAUUGAAUUGAGUAUCGAUUGGAUUUUGAAUGUUUGUGCUAGUAUUUGUCUAUUGCAAUAUUAACUCGUCAUUGUUCCACUUAGACCUGCGAGUCAAUAUCAGUUUAAACAGUUUAUUUUGACUUAGCAUAUACAUAUGUGAUACGAGUUUCAAAACGAAUAAUACAUAGACAUGCCCAGGAUGUGGGUCAUGUAAUAUGUAAGUAAAUACAAGCAUACAUGCUUUAAGUUUGCAACUUGAAAAAUAUAACAGGCACAAGUUGUUAUUUAAGUUGAAGGCAAGCAUUUUUUAUUGUAAAUGUUCUUUUAUUUCAGAAAAGUAAUUAUUUUCAGGUUUAGCAUUUUGGCAAUUUCAAACACUUUUAAAAUUAUUGAAAUACAUUUUCAAAAAUUUCAAAGAACAGUGACAUUUUUCUAAUAUAACCAAGACCACAUUCAUCCAGAAUUGAUUGCACAAAAUCUAACCAAUUUUAUGCUGAGUAUCUAUUAACAUAAUCCGAAUGCAUUGAUUUAUACAAAAAGCGAUGACAAUUUGUUACGAUUAACAAUAAUAUUAAACCAGAAACUAAUAACUCGCGUUUAACCUCCGUAACUAUUAAAAUCUACCAAGGUCGUCAUACCACAUUAUAAGCGGAGUUAAGUUUUUACAUACAAUAUGUAUAUCAAAUAAUCAGUGUUGAAUUUUUCUAGCAAGUUCACAUCCAUAUAUUACAAUGUGUAUAAAAGUUGCUUCAAACAAUUUAAUCUGAUAAUAAAUAGAUAAAGCAAGAUUUAUAAUUAACUGUCCCAAACUAAGGCCAGCAUUUUUGUAAAUUUGUUUUACGGGAAAUUUUUCA